CGCGAAUAAAGUUGAAGUUCAUUACAUACAUUCUCAAAUUCACUAUUGUUGAUACAAAAACUGGUUGAGAAAUACGAUCAUUUUUUAUUAUCAUUAUUGUGUAAACGUUUUCUUUUAAUUAAACAGUUUUUAUUUUUCCCUAAAUAAACAUUAGAUUUCUAUAGACGUUUAUAUUAUUUCAAAGAACAGUGGCUGCUGAUGUGAUAUUCUUGAAAUGUCAUCGUAUAUGGCUGGUGUUUUCGAUUUAGAUUUGGAUGUGGAUACUGUUACUGUUGGAGAUUCAGAUGAAGACGAUAUAAUUGAAGUAGAUGAGGUGGACUAUGAACCUGAACUACAUGUUAAUGCCAUUGUAGAGACUGAAGGAUCUGAAACUAUUCAACUGUCCGAAGACAAUGUAAAUCCAGGCCAGUGCAAACGUCUUGGUCCUCAAGACUUUGAAUUACGCAAAGUCUUGGGGAAGGGAGGAUAUGGCAAAGUUUUUCAAGUUCGAAAAAUUACUGGUGCUGAUGCAAGUGCACAUUUUGCUAUGAAAGUCCUUAAAAAAGCUUCUAUAGUACGCAAUCAAAAAGAUACUGCCCAUACAAAAGCAGAAAGAAAUAUUUUGGAGGCUGUAAAGCACCCUUUUAUAGUGGAAUUAGUUUAUGCUUUCCAAACUGGGGGCAAAUUAUACUUAAUAUUAGAAUAUUUGAGUGGUGGUGAACUGUUUAUGCAUCUUGAACGUGAAGGCAUAUUUCUAGAAGAUACAGCAUGCUUCUAUUUGUCAGAAAUAAUUUUGGCAUUAGAACAUCUACACAGUCUUGGUAUAAUUUAUCGUGACCUGAAACCUGAAAAUGUACUCUUGGAUGCUCAAGGCCAUGUGAAACUAACUGAUUUUGGAUUAUGUAAGGAACAUAUUCAAGAGGGAAUAGUAACUCAUACUUUCUGUGGCACAAUAGAGUACAUGGCUCCAGAGAUCUUAACAAGGAGUGGCCAUGGUAAAGCUGUAGAUUGGUGGAGUCUUGGAGCAUUAAUGUAUGACAUGCUCAUUGGACAGCCACCAUUUACCGGAGAUAAUCGUACAAAAACUAUAGAGAAAAUAUUAAAAGGUAAACUAAUGCUUCCUGCCUACCUCACACAAGACGCGCGUGAUUUGAUACGGCGUUUAAUGAAACGCUCGGAGACGCAGCGUUUAGGAGCACAGGGCGCCGCUGCCGUCCGUGGUCAUGCUUUCUUCAAACAUGUACAUUGGGAUGAUGUUUUUGCUAGGAGAUUGGAGCCACCUAUUAAACCCAGACUGACAAGUGAUGAUGAUGUUUCGCAGUUUGAUACAAGAUUUACACUGCAAACACCAAUUGAUUCACCUGAUGAGUCUACUCUUAGUGAAAGUGCCAACCUCAUGUUUCAGGGUUUUACUUAUGUGGCGCCAUCUGUAAUGGACGAGAUCCACAAACCGCGUGUCAUAACCGCACGAUCACCACGCCGCCCAAGACCACAGCACCACCAUUUCGCGGUACCUCCAGCCUCCUCCGGGCACGCACUCUCUCACGCUCAACAACAUGAAGACCUCAUGGAUGUUCAAGGUUUACCUAUAUAGUAAGUACCUACCCUUAGAAAUAAUUGAAAAUAGUUAAGUGUUGUGUUAAUUUAACUACUGGUCUGUAUUAAUGAGAAAAGCGGGUUUAUCCUUCCUGUUAACUUUGUUACAUAGAUAUCCUGAAUUUCUAAAUGAUUAAACUAAUUCGACAACUGUCACUUGACAUCGCUCGCCAAGCAUAAAAUGGAAUUAUAUUAUUAAGACCACCUAAGCAGGUCGUAUAAUCUAUCUAAAGUUUGGCAAAUUCGUUAGUGACCAUCCCAAGGUCCACGAGGGUGUGUACUGUAAACUGUAAUAGCGACGUUACAGAAGGUUGUUCCCAGAGCCUCCAUAAAACUAUUCUUCUCGGCAGUCUGGACAAACUACUCGAAUAUUGACUUUGCCAAAAAGUUUCAUUCAAUACAUUCUGUCUAAUUUCUGCACAUAUUUAGCAAUUUAAAUUAUUUAUAUCUGUCCUACUACCGUCAUCUGCCCUCUUUUAUUGUAAUAUUUAUUUAUUUUAAUUAAAAUUCAAGCUAAAUGUCCUAAGGUUGCCAAGAGGCAAAUACGUUUUAAUGUGUUGCAGAUUUUCGAAUAAGUGAUAUGAUUGUCUAAAACCCUCGAUUAGCAAAAACAAUAAAUUGUAAAUCGAUGUCACGCACAAUAAUAACAAACGACAAUAAUUCGAUAAAAUUGUGGUAAUAAUACACUUGCGAGGCUGUGAGCAAGUAGCAAGUACUCAGUUGUCGAAUUUCCUCAGUUUGCUAUAUGAAAAGAAUCACAAAAUGUUUGAUUGAAAGGGGUAACAUUGUUACAAUUUAGAAAGAUGUAAGAGUACAAGAAAGGCUAUUGUGUUUUAAUUUCAUUCAGAAAUAUUAUGAACAAAUAAUUAUGUAAGUACAUAUAAAAUGCGGCAUUAAAUUAUUUCAUAAACAGCAAUAAAUUCUUUAAUUAAUAAAUUCAGAUAUGAUUUUAUUUUUUUAAACGCAUUGCCUUAUAACUGUAAAAUUUAAUAAAGGAAUUGUUUCACUUCAGGUGAAGUGCCCUAGUUCAAUUGUAAAAUCCCCCACGAGACCCGCCAAAACUAACGUUAGUUAAUAAACAUAGAGAAUGAAUUAAUACAUACGUUACUAUAGAUGAUAUAAUUUUAGCGUAGCACUAUAAUUUCUUUCAUUUUAUUUAAUUUGUAAUUGUGUCACUUCUUGAUAAUUUUGUCACCAACUUUCUGUUUGGAAUGAUACAAGUGUGUCCUUGUUUACUUUUAUAAUCUGUACAAUAUUAUUUCGUUUUUAUUGUAAUUUAUAAUAAUCAAACGAACUUCCUAUAAAAUGCUUAUGAGAAUUGGAAUGCAAUAAUAAUGUAUAACUAUAUUAUAUCGUAAUAAAGUGUGUUUAAGUUAUAAGAAAGAUUGUUAUUUGAAACUGAAAUAUUAAAGGGUAAUACAAAGCAGAGAAAGUCUAAAACAUGGAUACAGUUAGCAGUACUGCGUCGUAUUAGUGAUAUUUACUGAUUGUACAGAUUAUACUAUAUGCCUUAAAUACAUUACACAGAGUUGUUGACUAUUACAAUUAUAGAAUUGACUGAAAAGCUUUUAUUUUCAGGCCUAGAGUAAAUUCAUAUAGUUGACCAUUUUAUGCUAAGAAUAAAUUCAAUUUCAAAAGAUGCCCAUGUAAUAAUAUCGGAAAAUGAUGGUACUGUUUUAUAUUACAUAUUAUAAUUAAUGUACAUUUUAUACAAGUUACCGUUUAGUCUAAUCUUUUGGUAGGAAUUAAUCACAUGUAAUAAAAAUGUUCUAACCCCGAUAUGACAAAAUAAUAAUUUACAAUAUACCUUGUUACCAUGCUUCAUGAAUUGAUUAAAAUGUCAUUUUUUAUUUUGUAA